ACCACAACAUCAACUACAAAAUAAAUAAAAAAGAAAUCCCUCCUCCGCUCCCGCUGCCCACCGUCUUCUGUCUUAAAGGGCAAAAAGAAAAAAAAGAUGAGACAUGGUAGGACUCAGUAUAAUUUUAGAAACUCGGAAACUCGACAUCGUCACUGAGUCAACUCGUCAGGUCAUUGACAAAACUACCCUUAUGAUGAUUAACAACAACCACCACCGUCGCCGCCGCCACCACUCUGCUUCUUCUUCUAAAACUCCAACAUUUCUGGACCGAUGCUUUCUGUGCGCCCAGAAGCUUCUCCCCGGAAAAGACAUCUAUAUGUACGAAGGCGACAAGGGUUUCUGCAGCGAAGAGUGCAGAUGCCGGCAGAUUUUCAUGGACGAAGAAGAAACAAUGGUGGACGCCGGAAACUGCUCUUUCGCCGCCGCCAUUAACCCACAACAAACCACCGCUCCUUCUCCCUCCCCUCCCCCUUCUCGCCUCCCUAAACCCACCAAAAACCACUCCCCAGGUAUUGCCUACUGACCGUCAUCAAAUCAUGAAUCGCUUUUGUACUUUUCUUUUUUUUUUUUUUUUUUUUUUUUUGGUUCGGUGGGUUUUGAUCUCUGAAUAUGAAACCAAGGGAAGAAAAAGAAUGGAGUGUAUUUAAGAUCAAAUUGGCAAAAAGACUUCCAUAGAUAUUGAGAUAAAAGGUGGAUAUUAUUGAUGAUUGUUUUUUUU